CGCGGGUCAUUCAAUCUCUCUCGGCGUUUAUCCAGCCCUCAAACGGAACAAAAUAUCAUGAUGACGUCAAAGUGGCUUGAACAUGAUUAUUAAGAGUCGCUUAAUUUUCAAUCAGUUACGAUUCACAUUGAUGUCAUACUGUCAUCUCUGACACGUUAUCAUGAUCCGUCGUUUUGUCUGCUCGAGUCUGCGCGACGCGACGCAAACGUUACGAAACGGCGCGUCGCGGUUACGUCACAGUGCGUCACGGCGCUUCGCCGGAGUGUCACGGAUCUUUACACCGUGUCAAAGUCCACGCGGAGGCAGUAGGGAUAUUGAGGGUAGAGUCAGUCCGGCGUGGACGAUGCGAGACCACCGCGGCACUCGGACGGUCACCGUCGUCGCCGCUGCCGAACGUAGGGAAUCGCUAGUCUCGUAGACCGCGGCCCCCCCCAUGGUGGCGAUCACCACGUGUCAAGCCGCCGCCGCGACGGUCCUCAGGGCCGUCAUACUAGGUGCGCCGGCGUCCGGCAAGGGCACCGUCUCCUCCAGAAUCGUCCAGCAGUUUGGCGUCGCGCACAUCUCCAGCGGCGACAGGUUACGGUUCCACGUGUCCGCCGGCACUGAUCUAGGCAAGGAAGUAAAAAAGUACAUAGAUAGCGGUAGCUUCGUUCCAGACAACACGAUGAUAUCUCUUAUCGGUGACGAGAUCGGAUCGAUGGCGGAUCAGAAUUGGCUGCUGGACGGAUUCCCGAGGACGUUGACGCAGGCGGAGCGAUUGCAGAGACUACAUCCAAUCAAUCUUGUGUUGAAUCUCGUGGUGCCCACCACCGUCAUUCUGGACCGCGUUAAAAGCAGAUGGGUUCAUCUGCCCAGUGGUAGGGUCUAUAACAUCGGCUUCAACGAUCCACGAGUGCCGGGCAAAGAUGACGUAACGGGUGAGUCGUUAUGUCAAAGGGAAGAUGACAAACCAGAAGUCGUGCAGAAGAGACUGCAGGACUACGCGACGAAAACCGAGCCAGUCUUGCAGUUUUAUCGUGAAAUUGGAGUACUGAAGGAGUUUCACGGCAACACUACCAACGAAAUGUGGCCGGCGAUCAGGAAUUGCGUGGCACAAUACUGUUGAGCUUCAGAGAGAUCGAAUUUUUAGAUAACUCUAUUCGAAUGUCGGAUAAUCGCGCAGACGGUUCUGUUUUCCAAAUAGGUCUACCUAGAUUUGUUCGAAAAUUUCUUUUUUUUCGAUAGAAAUCUCUGAAAAAACAGAUUUUUGGAUAUUAAAUUUACAUCUAAUUCUCUUAUAUCUGCCUAAGAAUUAAAUUGGAUUAAAUAGAUAUAGAUUUCUCAUUAGAUUAGAUAACAUACGCCUAAAAAUAUUCUCGUAUUCUUUAUAUAAGUAUGAAAACGGACAAAUCUAUUCAGACCUACUUGAGACCUGCAAUUUGCUCAUCUCACGCGAUCUCGAGUAACAAAUGGAAAUACGCUCGUCCGACAAUUGUUUCUUUAUCUUACGACAAUAGACAGAACAUGUACUACAGCGCAAUCCGCGCGGAGCUCUCUUACGCACGCAGGAACGCACACAAGCGUCAAUGUCAUUAGGUUGUAAAUACGCGCGAUAUCGUGUCGACCAUAAUAGGCUUUCGUAGAGAUUCCCGAUGCGGAAUGCUUAGGUGAUGCAACGAGAUUUCAUGGUAACUAAAGGCACUGAACCGAAUUAUCUUUUGUUUCCGUGACUUAGCACUUGCAUGACGAACUGUUGCUGCUAUUGUUUGGCUAAAGUCCGAAGUAUAGUACAAAUUACAAAGUAGGAAUUAUCGUUCAAAUGGUCGAUGAUAUAUUUCUGAGAUGGCGUAAUCGUCACACACUUGUUCUUAUUUUAUUUCGAGCGUAUAGCGUUACA